ACCCUUCCAUGGAUGGAUGGACAAGCCCAUAAUGAAGUUGAAUGCCCUAUUUCACCUCUGGAUUGGACUGAAACUAAAACAAUGGGAUCAUGUCUGACACAAGACCAUCAAUCUGGGUUAUUCCUCAAUUAUGCUGUAGUGUCCCUUAGUCCCUUUCUCUCUCAUCCACAUAGAUCUGGAUCUUCCACCAUUUUCAUCCUUAGAUCCACUUCUUCUAAAACUUAUAGCAAAGAGAGAUACUUGUACAAUUUGGGUUUGUUCCUCCAACAGAUUCUCUCUCACUUAUCUCCGAUUUUUGGGGAUCUCUGAAUUGUAAUUUGGACGGUUUCUCUCUCUCUCUGUCUUCUUCACACCCAUACAAACCACUAAAAACUCUCCUUACCUUCUGGGUCUCAAUUCUCUUGCCCUUUCUUCUUCUCCUUCUUCUUCUUCUUGUUUUCUUUUCUGUUAGAACAAAACUUAAAAGUUCAGAACAUGGCUAUAGGGAGGGGUCGCUCCAAUAAGCGCUCAUCUUCUUCAUCUUCUUACAUUCCCACGGUGUCUACGGUCAUCUUCAUUGGCCUCUGUUUCUUUGGCGUGUGGAUGUUAAGUUCCUCCUUCGUUCCACGACAGGCCACCACCUCCAUCUCCACCUCCACCUCCAAUCCCGGCUUCAUCAAAUCCGAACAACGUCAAAGCCGGGACCCUCCUGCAUUCGAUGACACUCCCGGCGACCUCCCAGAAGAUGCCGUCAAGGGUGACGGAGAUAAAUCCAAAGAUACCAUUAGUACCACCAAUUACGAUGAGAAGCUUCAGGAAGAGAAGCAAUCGGUGUUGGAGAUGCCAGGGCGACGAUCAGACCCAAUUACAAACACAAGGGCUACAAUUACCGAUACGGCAGGAAAUGGAGAUGGGGAGAUUCAACAGCAAGAAAAAUCAAGCGUGGAGGAUGGUAAGAAGAACAAUGAUGCGACCAACGAGGAAAAGGAUCAAUCUUUCUCUUCCUCCACUGAAGAGAACAGGCAAACUCAAGAGCGAAGAGACUCUGUCGAAGAUGGAGAACAGAAGAAACAAGAGAUUCAAGAGGAAAGCAAUGAAAACCAACAGCAAAACCAAGAGGCUCAAGAAGUUAUCAUUGAGAACCACCAGGUCGAGUCCGCACAUACGAAUGCAGAAACAGAAGAAACACAACCAACAAGAGAGGAAGAGAGCAAUGGAAACCAAGAUCAGCAGCAGAAAACAGAGAUGGAAAGUGAAGAGAGGACUCAUGAGCAGAACCAACAAGAUACAGAGGUAGAUCACGGCCAAGAGAGCCAACAACAGCAGAAUUCCGAGACUACGAACAAUGAGGGAGAUAGCAUCCAUGGAGAUCAACAGAACUCAGAAUCAGGGAUUAGAGAGGUCACGACCGAAGAGACCCAACAACAAGAAGAGAAAAGUUCAUCAGAAUCCCAGAAAACAGACGAAGAACAUCCUCAGCAAAACGAACAGGGAGAGAGCACAUCGGCAUCAGCUGAGAAUCAAGAAACUCAGCAGCAGCAGCAGCAGCAGCAGCAGCAGCAUCAGAGUGAAAGUGAAAGCGGAAACACAGGAUCCGAGAAUCAAGAAUCGCAGCAGAGCGAGACUGAAAGCACCCCAUCUGAGAAUCAAGAACCUCAGCAGCAGAGCAAGAGCGAAACCCAUGAAUCUCAGCAGCAGAGCGAGAGUGAAAACCAUGAAUCUCAGCAGCAGCAACAAAGCGAAAGCGACAGCACAGCAUCUGAGAUUGAGAAUCAAGAAACCCAACAACAGAGUGAGAAGGAAAGCAAUUCAUUAGUUGAGAAUCAAGAAGAACCUCAACAGAGUGACCAAAGAGAGAACGAGAGGGAAGUGGAGACCGGUACGAAGCAAGAGAACAACGAAGCAGAAAUCACGGGCGAAGUGAAGGGAGAUUCAAAGAUGGGAAUUCCGAAAGAGUCGAAGGAGUCGAAACGGGAGUGGUCAACUCAGGCAACUCAGUCCGAGAACGAGAAGGAAAGGCGCAAGGAAUCCGAGUCCGACUCGGGGAAAAGCGGAAGUAUCAAUGGAUACACGUGGCAGCAAUGCAACGUCACAGCGGGUACGGACUACAUUCCCUGCUUAGACAACGUGGAAGCCCUUAAGCACCUCCACACCACUGGGCACUUCGAGCACCGGGAGAGGCAUUGCCCUGAAGAGGGCCCCACUUGUUUGGUCCCACUUCCUGAGGGCUAUAAGUCUCCCAUCGAAUGGCCUUCCAGCAGAGACAAGAUUUGGUAUCACAAUGUGCCUCACACAAAGCUGGCGGAGGUGAAGGGUCACCAGAACUGGGUGAAGGUGACUGGGGAGUUUCUCACUUUCCCUGGAGGUGGGACUCAAUUCAUACACGGCGCCCUCCACUACAUCGAUUUCAUCCAGAAGUCUGUACCUAGGAUUGGAUGGGGGAAGCACACUCGAGUGAUAUUGGAUGUAGGCUGCGGGGUUGCCAGUUUUGGUGGUUACCUCUUUGACAGAGAUGUUCUCACAAUGUCCUUUGCACCUAAAGAUGAACAUGAGGCCCAAGUGCAAUUCGCUCUUGAACGUGGAAUUCCUGCAAUCUCAGCUGUGAUGGGUACCCAGCGUUUGCCAUUCCCAAGCAGGGUCUUUGAUCUUAUCCACUGUGCACGUUGCAGGGUCCUAUGGCAUGCAGAAGGUGGUCGUCUUCUUCUGGAGCUGAACCGUGUUCUUCGACCUGGGGGUUUCUUUGUCUGGUCAGCCACGCCUGUGUACCAGAAGCUGAAAGAAGAUGUGGAGAUAUGGGAAGCAAUGACUUCACUUACUCUAUCCAUGUGUUGGGAUCUUUACGCGAUCAAGAAAGAUAAAUUGAAUGGUGUAGCUGCUGCUAUCUAUCGAAAACCAAUAUCUAAUGAAUGCUAUGAUAACAGAAAACAUAAGAGCCCUCCCAUGUGUAAAAAUAAAGAUGAUCCAAAUGCAGCAUGGUAUGUACCUCUACAAUCCUGCAUGCACAGGGUACCGAUCGGCAAGUCUGAGAGGGGCUCCAGAUGGCCUGAGGAUUGGCCUAAUAGAGUGCAGAAAGCUCCAUACUGGUUAAACAACUCUCAGAUGGGAAUAUAUGGGAACCCAGCUCCAGAUGAUUUUACAGAGGACUACACACACUGGAAAGAGGAAGUAAACAAAUUGUAUCUCACUGGUUUAGGUAUCAAUUGGCCGAAGGUGAGAAAUAUAAUGGACAUGAGAGCUGUUUAUGGCGGAUUUGCAGCAGCACUGAAAGACCACAAAGUGUGGGUUAUGAAUGUGGUGAAUGUGGAUUCCCCAGAUACACUUCCGAUCAUCUAUGAACGUGGCCUUUUCGGCAUAUAUCAUGACUGGUGUGAAUCUUUCAGCACCUAUCCCAGAACAUAUGAUCUCCUGCAUGCAGACCACUUGUUUUCGAAGCUAAAGAAGAGGUGCAAAGUUUUACCUGUAGUGGUAGAGAUUGAUCGGAUCAUCAGACCAGGUGGUUAUCUGAUUGUUCGUGAUGACUCCAACACAGUUGGUGAAAUUGAGAACAUGUUGAAAUCGCUGCACUGGGAGGUUCAUUAUUCCUUAUCCAAAGACAAAGAAGGAAUACUGAGCGCCGAGAAAUCCGAAUGGCGACCAGAGUCAUAGUCACCUCUUCUUGAUCAAAGCAACAAAGCUUGUAGUUUCUUCAAAUAUGUAGAGCUAUUGAUAGUUACUGCCUAGCAAAAUCUGACGCAACUCCCAUUUGUUAGACAGUCCACAAGGUCAUUCACUCAUUGUACACCAAUCUGCUGAAUGGUAUUUGUUUUCGGCCUGGGGAUUUCAUGUAAAACUUUUAAAAUUUGUAAAAUCAAUGAGAAAAGCAAUUGAGGAAAGUUUUCCUUCA